UGUAUUGCCCUCCCUUUCCUGAACCACCACUAUCUUCAAUAGAGAAGACGCAGAAGAGUUUAGUGAUCUAUCAUGCAUGAAGUGAAGAAUGGAAACGUAUCCGCGUCAUCGUCUCCACCGACGCCACCGACGCCACUCCCCAUUAGUAUAGGAGCCUUCGACCAAAAGUACCUGUUUUCACCCUCUCCGACUCCGUCACCGCCGUUCUCGCCACCACUUUCCAGCCAUGGUUCCGCUGAAAGCCUCUCACUUUUGCACCAUCACCCGACCUUGAUCCAAGCUCGAAUUACUUCAGCUUUUUCACUGGACCGUAAAGACCUCGAUGAAUAUCACCAUAAAAGUCCAUCAUGCCUUUGGGAUCUGUUGGAAUGGUUGGUGCAAAAAUGCUGCAGUUGCUGUUUCUAAUUCCAUGGAUGCAUAUCAGUCAUUCCAAGUCAAAUCUCACUUCUUCAGGGCAGAGCC